AUGGCCAAACCGACUUUAGAAGGACUCCCAACGGAGCUGCUCAUUCUCAUCUUGCUUGAAAUACCUGAUCUGGUUUCUCUCAAGUCCAUCGUGCUCUCAUCGCCGAUAUUUCACCAAGCCUACCUCACAGUUCGACAGAAAGCUCUCUGUCGCAUCGUCAAAAAUCAAUGGGGGCUGCUUCUAGGAGACGCGAUGGCUGCUACACGAUCUCGUGGUCUCCAGUUCAAUGCCCACAAACAGGAAGCAAUUGCAAUGUUAGAUACAUGGCGUCGCAAAGAAGAGAUUAACGACCUUGCAUUGAGUUCAUCCAUUCCGAUAGAUGAGCCCAGCAACCUAGAAGAGAUCCUCAACCUAGUUUAUCUUCACAAGAUAUUCCAUUUCUUUUUGAAAGAGUACGAGACAAAAGUAACGCGGCCCCCGUGGAUAUCAAAGGAUCAAUGGGAGAACUCAAUUAUCCCCAUUGAAUUAUCUCACACCGAAAAGCACCGAUUUCUCAGAGCUUUGUGUCGACUACAAAUUUACACCAAUAUCUUUGAUGAGUAUGAACAUACGACUGUCCAUGAAAUCAAAUACAAUAACUGGAGGCAUAGUCCCAAAGGCGAUCUUUGUUUUGACGAAGGGGCAUAUCGCGUGUUCUUUGGGACGAUGCCUCCUUGGGAAUUCCAAGAAAUAGGCUGUCUAUGGGCAUACUUCACAACAUUGUUCGAUCAUAUUUACACGGAAAUUUCUGCCGGUCUGCAUGACCUUGUGGAGAAGCACAUGAUCAAAGAUGAUUGGCAGCGUCCAUAUUUCGAAUUUCUCCCUGAGGAUGUGCAGCCCCCUUGGUGGGGGGGAGUAGACAACCUCGGACAUGUCGAGAAUAUAUGGAGGUUUUCGCAUUCGUUAGCUUCAAUGGGACCAGAGUUUGUCUACCGCCUUCUUCAUGGGACACCCUUGAUUCAGCGCGAUAUGGUGAUGCUCAAUGGAAACGAUGAUCUAUUGAGUUUCCCUAACAUGUAUGUGACAGAAGAUUACAUGAUUCCUCUUAUGUAUCCCGCAGAUCGGCAUGCGGUUCAAGAUUAUGAGCAGCUUUGGUCAACAUUGCCAUAUAUCGAGCAACCUAAUCUUGGGUGGAAACAGGUGCACGUGCUUCCUGAUACACCUGGACAGACGUUUGAAGAAGCGAUUGAUUUCCAAUGUGCACGUAAAUCGGUAUGGCUCUGGGGUUAUGCCAUAUUUGAUGAUGAAAGAUUGACGGCAUGGAAAGCGCCUUUAGUGCAAUUUCGUUUGGGCGAAGAGCCUGAAUAUACAGUUUAA